AUGGGUCGGGUCUCGUUUACCGAAGAUACAAAAUUGCCCCAGGAUACCCAGAUCGAAGAGGAGCAAACGUCGGUGUUUGCUUAUCAGGAUGGCCCGGAGAACAAGUCCUGGGCAGGUGCGCUGCCCUUGAAGCAGGGUCUCUAUGAUCCGGAGCUGGAGAAGGAUGCUUGCGGUGUCGGUUUUGCGGCCCAUAUAAAGGGCAAGGCCAGCCACAAGAUUGUCUCCGAUGCACGGUCGUUGCUCUGCAACAUGACCCAUCGAGGAGCCGUGGGCUCAGACGCACGAGAUGGUGACGGUGCAGGUGUAAUGACCUCCAUCCCCCAUCGAUUCUUCCUCAAAGAGUUCGAGCGUGAACAAGGUUACAAGCUGCCGAUGCUUGGUCAGUACGCCACUGGUAACCUGUUCUUCAAGCCGGACGCCACCAUCUUGGAUGAGACCAAGACCAUGUUUGAGGAAGUUGCAGACCAGCUCGAUCUGAGAGUGCUCGGAUGGCGAACGGUUCCCCGCGACUCGACUCUUCUUGGACCUGCCGCUUUAUCGCGGGAGCCCAUCAUUCUCCAGCCGUUUGUUGUCCUGAAGACUGCCUAUGGCGAUGCCCGGGAGCCCAAGGCCGACUUCCAGGAAAAGUACGACAACGCUUACUUUGAGCGACAGCUGUAUGUCAUGCGAAAGCGGGCUACACACGUUAUUGGCCUGCACAACUGGUUCUACGUUUGCAGCUUAAGUAACAAGAACAUUGUCUACAAGGGUCAGCUUUCUCCCGUUCAGGUCUACGAAUACUAUCACGACCUGCUUAAUGUUGACUACGAGGGUCACUUUGCGUUGGUGCACUCGCGUUUCUCGACCAACACAUUCCCCAGUUGGGACCGCGCACAGCCGCUGCGAUGGGCUGCCCACAACGGUGAAAUUAACACUCUGCGAGGAAACAAGAACUGGAUGCGAGCACGUGAGGGUGUCAUGAAGUCCAGCCUCUUUGGCGAGGAGCUUGACUCUCUCUAUCCCAUUGUCGAAGAUGGUGGUUCCGACUCUGCAGCUUUCGACAACGUUCUUGAGCUGCUCACCAUCAACGGCGUACUUUCUCUGCCAGAAGCAAUUAUGCUCAUGGUUCCGGAAGCAUGGCAGGGCAACCACACCAUGGACCCUGCUAAGCAGGCAUUCUACGAGUGGGCCGCCUGCAUGAUGGAGCCUUGGGAUGGCCCUGCACUUUUCACAUUCUCAGACGGACGGUACUGCGGUGCCAACUUGGACCGAAACGGUCUUCGUCCCUGUCGUUACUACAUUACUGACGAUGAUCGCAUUGUUUGCGCAUCAGAAGUCGGUACCAUUUCCAUUGAGCCCGAGCGAGUCGUACAGAAGGGUCGUCUGCAGCCCGGUAGGAUGUUGCUCGUCGACACUGUCGCUGGUCGAAUUGUCGAUGACGCUGAGCUGAAGAAAACUGUUGCAGAGCGCAACGACUUCCGCGCAUGGAUCGAGAAGAACCUUUUGACUCUCCCCAAGAUUGUCAAGUCUGUGGGAGACAAGGGUAUUGACCUUUCAUACGCGCUCACAGAGACCAAGCUACACGAGGACCCUCGUCUGCGAGCAUUUGGCUACUCCCUUGAGCAAGUCAGUUUGCUUCUAGGACCUAUGGCUGCUGACUCCAAGGAGGCGUUGGGAUCCAUGGGUAACGAUGCUCCUCUUGCAUGCUUGUCCACUCAGCCUCGCCUACUCUACGAGUACUUCCGCCAGCUCUUCGCUCAGGUCACCAACCCCCCUAUCGACCCCAUUCGUGAGGCGAUUGUCAUGUCUUUGGAGACCUACGUUGGCCCCCAGGGUAACCUCCUAGAGAUGGAUGAGUCACAGUGUGGACGUCUGCUUCUGCCAUCGCCUAUUCUGACUCUUGAAGAAUUCAAGGCCUUGAACAACGCCCAUACGCUUUACUCUGACUGGACCGUCAAGAGCAUCGACAUUACUUUCCCCAAGAGCGAGGGUAUCGAUGGGUACAUGGCCGCACUUGACCGCAUCUGCGAAGCUGCUACCGAGGGUAUCCAGGCUGGCGACAACAUCCUUGUCCUGACUGACCGCGCUGCUUCUACUGACCGUGUUGCCGUCUCUGCCUGCUUGGCUACCGGUAUGGUCCACCACCACCUUGUCCGCAACAAGUGGCGAUCCAACGCUGCUUUGGUUGUUGAGACUGGUGAGGCCCGGGAGGUACACCACAUGUGUGUGCUUGUCGGAUACGGUGCUGAUGCCAUCUGCCCGUACCUCGCCAUUGAGUGCAUCUUGAAGAUGCACAGGGAGGGCCUGAUCCGCAAGAAGCUCACUGCCGAUCAGCUCAUUGACAACUACAAGCACUCCUGCGAUGGUGGUAUCUUGAAGGUCAUGAGUAAGAUGGGUAUUUCCACCCUUCAGUCCUACAAGGGCGCUCAGAUCUUCGAGGCCCUCGGUCUUGAUGACUCCGUUGUCGACCGCUGCUUCACUGGAACAGCGUCGCGUAUCAAGGGUAUGACCUUUGAACUGAUCGCUUCGGACGCUUUCGCUCUCCACGAGAAGGGUUACCCAUCGCGACCCAUUGUUGAGGUUCCCGGUCUUGUCGAGACUGGCGAGUACCACUGGCGUGACGGAGGCGAGCCUCACGUCAACGACCCGACGGCCAUGGCUAACAUCCAAGAUGCCGUUCGCACCAAGAAUGACAAGUCGUACGAGGCAUACUCAAUUGCCGAGUAUGAACGCAUCAAGGACUGCACUCUCCGUGGUCUUUUGGACUUUAGCUUCGACGACCGCGCUCCUAUCCCGAUUGACCAAGUCGAGCCAUGGACGGACAUUGUACGCCGAUUUGUUACCGGUGCCAUGUCCUACGGUUCCAUCUCCAUGGAGUCUCACUCUACUCUCGCCGUCGCCAUGAACCGUCUUGGUGGAAAGUCAAACACAGGAGAGGGUGGUGAAGACCCCGAGCGUAGCUUGCGCAUGGAGAACGGUGAUACUAUGCGGUCGGCUAUCAAGCAGAUUGCUUCCGGACGUUUCGGUGUCACUUCAAACUACCUUGCCGACGCCGAUGAGCUUCAGAUCAAGAUGGCUCAAGGUGCUAAGCCUGGUGAGGGCGGUGAGCUUCCUGGCCACAAGGUCUCUGGUUCCAUUGCUAAGACUCGUCAUUCCACUCCUGGUGUUGGUCUCAUCAGUCCCCCUCCCCACCACGACAUUUACUCCAUCGAAGAUCUCAAGCAACUCAUCUACGAUCUCAAGUGCUCUAACCCCCGUGCUCGUGUCUCCGUCAAGCUCGUCUCCGAGACUGGUGUUGGUAUCGUCGCUUCCGGUGUCGCUAAGGCCAAGGCUGACCACAUUCUCAUCUCCGGCCACGAUGGUGGUACUGGUGCCUCUCGAUGGACUGGUAUCAAGUAUGCCGGUCUUCCCUGGGAGCUGGGUCUCGCCGAGACUCAUCAGACGCUUGUUCUUAACGACCUUCGUGGUCGUGUCAUUGUCCAGACUGAUGGUCAACUUAGGACUGGACGGGAUGUAGCCAUCGCCUGUCUACUUGGAGCUGAGGAGUGGGGCUUUGCUACCACUCCUCUUAUUGCUAUGGGGAACACCUGCCCUGUCGGUAUCGCCACCCAGGACCCUGAGCUCAGGAAGAAGUUUGCCGGUACACCCGAGCAUGUCAUCAACUUCUUCUACUACAUCGCCAACGAGCUUCGCGCAAUCAUGGCCAAGCUUGGUUUCCGUACUAUCAACGACAUGGUGGGCCAUUGCGAGGUUCUUCGCAUCCGUGAUGAUCUCCGCACUGCCAAGACUGAGAACAUCGACCUGUCCCUCAUCCUGACACCAGCACACACGCUCCGCCCCGGUGUUGCUACCUUCAAUGUCCGCAAGCAGGACCACCGCCUCCAUGUUCGUCUCGACAACAAGCUCGUCGCCGAGUCCGAGCUCGCUUUGGAGAAGGGUCUACCGGCACGCAUUGAGUGCGAUGUGGUCAACACCGACCGUGCUCUUGGUGCAACUCUCUCUUACCACAUUAGCAAGCGUUACGGCGAGGCUGGUCUGCCCCAGGAUACCAUUCACGUGAACAUCCGUGGAUCCGCUGGCCAGUCUUUCGGUGCUUAUUUGGCACCUGGUGUCACUAUUGAACUUGAGGGUGACGCUAACGACUAUGUUGGUAAGGGUCUGUCUGGUGGUCGCUUGAUCAUCUACCCGCCCCGCAACGCAGUAUACCGCGCCGAGGAGAACGUUCUCAUCGGUAAUGUAUGCUUGUACGGUGCCACUCGCGGAACUUGCUUCUUCCGUGGUAUCGCUGCCGAGCGCUUCUGUGUGCGCAACUCCGGUGCUACGGCGGUUGUUGAAGGUGUUGGUGACCACGGUUGCGAGUACAUGACUGGCGGUCGCGUCCUUGUUCUUGGUUCGACUGGACGCAACUUUGCUGCUGGUAUGUCUGGUGGUAUCGCCUAUGUCUUGGACAUCCACAAGGACUUUGAGCAGAAGGUCAACCAGGAAAUGGUUGAACUAUCCGGUAUCGAAGAGCCAGAGGAGAUUGCCUUUGUACGUGGCCUCAUUGAGGACCAUCACCACUACACUGGCUCUGAGCUUGCCGCCCGUAUUCUCCUCGACUUCACUCGUGCUCUCUCACGCUUCGUCAAGGUCAUGCCUGUCGACUACAAGCGUGUACUCCUCGAAGAGAAGGCCAAGGCUGCCGAAAAGAAGAAGUCAGAGUACCCUCUUCCUCUCCUCGCCGGCAACCCCGUCCGCAACGUCCACGAGGAGUCCCGCAACAAGGAAGCCGAGGCUGAGGCCAAGAAUAAGAAGAAGAGCGACCUUCUCGACAUCGAAGAGAGUGUCACCGACGCCAAGGCAGAGAAGAAGAAGGCACUUGUGCUAGACAAGACCCGCGGUUUCAUGAAGUACCAGCGCCGCUCUGAGAAGUACCGCAAUCCCAAGACUAGGACUCGUGAUUGGGCCGAGCUGUCUCAGCGUCUCAACGAGGACGAGCUGAAGUACCAGACUGCCCGCUGCAUGGACUGCGGUGUACCCUUCUGCCAGUCUGACACUGGAUGUCCUAUUUCUAACAUCAUCCCUAAGUGGAACGAAUUGGUCUUUCAGGGCCAGUGGCGUGACGCCCUCAAUAGGCUUUUAAUGACCAACAAUUUUCCGGAAUUUACUGGUCGUGUUUGCCCGGCUCCUUGCGAGGGUGCCUGCGUUCUCGGCAUCAACGAGGACCCCGUUGGUAUCAAGUCGAUUGAGUGUGCCAUUAUCGACCGCGGUUUUGAGAAGGGUUGGAUGAUUCCUUCGCCACCACAGGUUCGCUCCGGCAAGACUGUUGCCAUCAUCGGUUCCGGUCCUGCUGGUCUUGCCUGCGCUGAUCAGCUCAACAAGGCUGGUCACAGCGUUACCGUAUUCGAGCGGGCUGACCGUGUCGGUGGUCUUCUCAUGUACGGCAUCCCCAACAUGAAGCUCGACAAGAAGGUUGUUCAGCGCCGUGUCGACUUUAUGGCUGCCGAAGGUAUCGUCUUCAAGACUGGUGUCACUGUUGGCGAAGAGGGACAGACCAAUCUCGAGAAGCUGCGCAGCGAGUAUGACGCGGUUGUCUUCGCUACGGGUGCCACUGUUGCCCGUGAUCUACCCAUCCCUAACCGCAACUUGGAGGGUAUCCACUACGCCAUGCAGUUCUUGCACAAGAACACCAAGUCACUCCUCGACUCCGACUUGGCUGAUGAUGCCUACAUCUCGGCCAAGGACAAGAACGUCAUCGUCAUCGGAGGUGGUGACACUGGUAACGACUGCAUCGGUACCUCGGUCCGCCACGGAGCCAAGUCGGUCGUCAACUUUGAGCUUCUUCCCCAGCCUCCGCCAGAGCGCGCCCGCGACAACCCAUGGCCUCAGUGGCCCCGUAUCUUCCGCACCGACUACGGUCACAACGAAGUCAAGACCCACAUGGGCAAGGACCCGCGUGAGUACUGCGUCAUGUCCAAGGACUUCGUCGACGACGGUAGUGGCAAGGUUAAGGGUAUCAACACUGUCCGUGUCGAGUGGACCAAGUCCGCAUCUGGUGGCUGGGACAUGAAGCACGUUGAAGGUAGCGAGCAAUUCUUCCCUGCCGACCUCGUCUUGCUCUCUAUGGGUUUCUUGGGCCCUGAGCAGCGUGUCAUGAGCGAUGUCAUCGAGCUUGACGGACGCAAGAACAUCAAGACUCCCCCGGGUCACUACAACACCAACCUUUCCGGUGUCUUCGCCGCCGGUGACUGCCGCCGCGGUCAGUCCCUGAUCGUCUGGGGUAUCAACGAAGGUCGCCAGUGCGCUCGUGACGUUGAUACUUUCCUCACUGGGUACGGAACUUCGCUUCCCGUCACUGGUGGUAUCGUCAAGCGUCCACCUUACGAGGCUAUGACCAAGGCCAGCCGCGACCUUAAGGAGCAGCUGGUUACUGUUGCCGCUUAG